AGUCUAUCAUCAAGUUCUGAAGCGCAGCGUCGCUAGUCAGCUGGUCGAGAUCUAUCUCGGUCGGCUUGAGGAACUGCGCACCGGAGUUUUGGUCAGCUACCUGGCUGUUUUUGUUCUCUCACCUGUUUAAUCUCUUUUUAAGAUUGUCAGCAAGUGCCACGUUUUUCUGGCGAGAAUUAGUUCGUUUAGCUGCAUGAAGAUUUUGUUUUUGCCUACGUGUGCGGUGCAUUCAUUUUAUCUAUUUCGCCGAAGAAUUGCAGCCCAGUUUGUGGGUAGCUCACGAGGUCCACGCAAUACCAACCCAGCGAGUUCAAUGAUCGGCAAGCUGUGCGAUAACUACAAAAUGUGAAGACCAUGGUUGAAGUCCGUGGCUCAGCAAGAAGUAUCAAAGUUCUGUUUUUUUGGCGAGUGUCAGUGGGGAUCCCGGAUUUGUAAAUUGGCAACGCGCUUAACACCUUUAAAAGGACAUUUACUCGGUCGUCAAAGAUCGGUAAGGCAGUUCCGAGAUGCUGAACCAGAACAUAAUUAAAAAGAAUUGCCAAGCUCCUGAUUAAAAUCGCAUCGGAAUUUAACAUCGUAAUUAACUUUUUUAAAUGUUAUUAUUACAUAUUAUAUAUUUUUUCAAAAUAAUAUUUUACCGAUUUUGUUUGUUCUAAAAGGUAGCCUAUCAUUUUUCUUUCGUGAGUACUUAAAAAGGCCGUAGGCUCUCGUUGACACAUCAUCUCAACGCAAAGGAUCCACGAACGAUUUUUUUAGCCAUGGCAUUUUUAAUGAGAAAGAAAAAGUUUAAAUUUCAAACCAGUUUUACGCUGGAGGAACUGACGGCUGUGCCGUUUGUAAAUGGGGUGCUUUUCUGCAAAAUCCGAUUGCUGGACGGGGGAGAUUUCGUCGCUUCAUCUUCAAGGGAGGAGGUGCAGGAGAACUGCGUUCGCUGGAAGAAGAGGUUCUCCUUUGUGUGCAAGAUGAGUGCCAGCUCAGCGACCGGGGUGUUGGAUCCCUGUGUCUGUCGAGUCUCUGUCCGCAAGGAACUCAAAGGAGGAAAGACUUUCUCAAAGCUGGGCUUUGCCGAUCUGAACCUGGCGGAGUUCGCCGGCUCUGGCUCCACGGCGCGCUGCUGUCUGCUGGAGGGGUACGACACCAAGAACACCCGGCAGGACAACUCCAUACUGAAGGUCACGAUCGGGAUGACUCUGCUCUCUGGAGACCCCUGCUUUAAAACGCCCCCAAGCACAGCCAAGUCCAUCUCGGUCCCGGGACAGGACCACUCCCUGCAGCUGGACUGUAAGGGGGAAGGCACCACGACCACACCCACCGUGGGACGGGCACUCAAAAUGAAGAGCCCCGUGCUCAGCUCUGGUCUGCUAAAGGAGCUGGAUCAGAACCCUUCCAGCCCAGAUGAGGUUUUUCACACCGGCCACUCCCGCAACUCCAGCUACACCAGCCAGCACAGCAAGACAUCAGGCUGCAGCACGGAGCACUCGGCCUCCUCCAGCCUGACGGACCUCACUCACCGCCGCACCGCCUCCACCAGCAGCAGCAGCGCUUCUGGGGCCCCCAGCACAGCCGCGGAGGCCCCCCAAGAGCCCGAAAGGGAGCCCCCUCGCCCGGAGAGACCACCCCGCCCCCCGCUCCCCAUCCUGCUCUCCAACCGCCCUUCCAGGAGGAAGAAGGACGUGGCGGAAGAGAGGCAACCCACCUGGGUGGAUGACACGCGCAUCGAUGCCGAUGACAUCGUCGAGAAGAUCGUCCAGAGCCAGAACUUCUCUCACGACUUCAACAAUGAAGACAGUAACCUGAGACUGUUUGUCAGCCGGGAUGGGACCACAGCGCUCAGCGGGGUCCACCUGGGGAACAGGGUAUCAGCAGGAGUGUAUGAGCCUGUUGUGAUUGAGAGCCAUUAGACCAUGCAGUCCUGGAGACUCACCACCCUCCAUCUUGUCCAGCCUUGUGGAAGGAACAGCAACACCUGUGUGUGCGCGUGCGUGCAUUUGUGCGUGUGUGCGGACAAAAACACAGCAAAACGAAAAAUACAGGAAGCGGGGAAAUCUGCUAUAACCCUGUUUGUGGUGAUUGGGUAUGAGUAUGUCACUUUUACAUUCUUGUUCUUGUUUAAACACACUGGACCUGGAAACUUGGAAAUCCCAAACUGCUUGGCACCUAAAAGAGAAGAAAGGCAUUCUGGUCAAUGUAGUGUGGAACACUGAAAAAUAGAGAUGUCUCAUGGAAAGCUUCAGUACAUUUUGGUGCCAAGGAGUCUGGGAAAUGAAGUUUUUUUUGGGAAGUGUAAUUUAGGGUAAUGGGAUCAGUUGCAUUAGGUGAACAACCACAGCUUAGUUUAGCUCUUCAACUUAACCUGUUUAACAUUACUGUUGCUAUUUGGUAGUUUAAACCUGUGAUUUGCUGAGUGUAUAUUACAUUUUUGUUUCUGUGUAUGUAUAUGAGAGGGAGAGAGAGACAAACUGAUGGAAGAAGGUGCAAGCUUAUUGACUUAUACACAAAUCUACACGGGGGAUAAAAUAUGGGCAAUAAUUUUUGAAGACCAUUACGUGGAGACACUAAGGGUCUAUUAAAGUGGGUUUGAACACCCGGUUAGGUGUGGUCUGUCUCUCUCUCUCUCUCUCUUUCUUUCUGUCCCUCUUCCUCUGAUUGAGGAGAGAUGGAAGAGACAUUUUCCUGGUUUUCUUGCAUACAGCGGUUGAUACUGAAUAGUAAAAUGGUUUAGUGUGUACACAAAAAACGAACCCUGGCUCAUCGCCAGGUACGUAAAUGAGCUUUUGCAUAACUGGUGCAACCAAAUCGCAGACUUGGGGAAAAUGGGGAAAUGGUGGGGCUUGGGGGGGAGGGGGUGGGGGGGUUUGGAUGGUGUAAUUGACCAUUUGUCUGUCUUAUGUGGCACUUUAACAUGUUUUUUUUGAUGGUUCUGAUUAGUCUACAGCUGCUCUGUUUAUGGGUGGUUUUUACCUCAAAGCAGGUUUUUGGGGAACCCCACUGGAACUCCCACACAACUGGGGGGCACCUGCUCUUGCAUUCAUUUUGGGGGGGGUCACAUUUCAUCACAUUGAUAAUAAGUUCAAUAAUAUAGUAUAGUCCCUAGUCAUUUAUGGCAGGCCAAAUUUGACUAUUGGAGGACAAUUGUAUUACCAUUCUCACCACAGAGGGGCUGAGCCCCGUUUACUUUCCGUUUUGGGGUGUCCCUGCUAUAUUGGGGUGCUGCUCUCACACCCUCAUUUGGCUAGUGGCUACAAGAGAAAGCAAAGCACAACUUUGUUUUUUUUGUUUUUUUUAAAUCUGUUGGAUUAUUGGUUUUUGUCUGUUUGACCCCAAGAGUGAUACCUGAUACAGUCUGUAAUGUGUUUUGCCCCGUGAUGCCUCUCCUGUGUCAGUUUUGGGGGUAGAUUCCUGUCAGUGGUUGUACCCACCUGCCAUCUGCGAAGUGUGGAACGCUGAACAGUCUCCAACUGGAUAAGCAGUUUUGCUAGGAGCUACGGUUGGUUAUGAGAACAGCCAUAAGAUCAACCCAGCCUGGAAAAGACAGAAACUGACAUAGCAGAGAGCAUCUGGAUGUUUCCAUUGAUUAUUCUUUUCUUUUUUUGCGGGGAGGUGGAAGGGUUGAAAUUUAUGCACUUUGAGACUGAGCCUUUCCAGAAUUCCUUACAGAGAGAAGCGAAAUGACAGUAACUGGGCAUAAGCCAGAGAGCAUCUGUCAAAUCAGAUGUCUGGUCAAAUCAAAUGCAAAAAUGGAGGUUGGGAGGAUGGUUUGCAGACAGAACGCUGGAAACCUGUUUCCCCCUGAAAAAUAUCUUUAAGAAACUACUGGUGGCCUGUUUAGUGUCCCACAUGAUUGAGACUCCGCACCUCUGGCUCUACCACAAAUGCACAGCACAUCAGCCAUUGGCCUCAUCUGAUUGGAUCAUUUGACGCAAACUGCGCAGGUUAUUGGUCCAGUCUUGUGACUCCUUGUUUAGAGGUUGGGUCUGUGCCCAUCUGCAUCUUAACUGCAGGACCCUGCAGGGGUGACGAGCUGUUGUCACGAGAAAAGUGAGCGAUGCGUUGUGGGUAGGGUGAAAUCAGAGGCAGUGGUUCAGAGAGCGGUGCAUUGUGGGCACUGUGAAGUCAGAGGGAGCUGAUGUUUAGCUCAUUGCCCGUCUCUGUGACUCAGAGCACCUGGCCCGUCCUGGAGAACAAUGGUGCUUACAAUGGAGGCUUUCUGCUGCUCAGACCGCCCUCCCGGCCCCUGCCAGCCUCGCGGAACGCAGCAGGCCAGUGUUCCGCUCCCCGCGCCCGAAUGAAUGCGAUCUCUGUCAGCACAGUGCAGGCUCUUGUCUCCACGGAAAAUUCCUCUCGCCUUCCAGUAGAUCUGGAAGUUGUUUGUCGGCAGGAAGAAAAAAAACGACUCUAACGACUUCAAUUCUGUGUACGUGUUGUCAUUUGAGUUUUUCUGUGUCUGUGGGUGUUCAGUUUUACUCCUGUUCUUUCUUAAUGAGGAGAAAGGGAAUCCUCUGUGCAAUAUGGGAGUUUUUGUUUGCUUCAUGAUUCGUUUCUGCUCUGUUUAUGUGCACCUUAUUUAGCCACGUUUUCCAGAAGGCCAGUGCUGGCACUGGUGCUUGCUCAUCACUGAUCAAAGAUAAUUGGGUUGAAAGAAUAGGUAAAGGGUUGGGGGGGUCAAUUACCCUUCAUGAAAAUUGGCAGUGAAUUAAUCUAAUUUCUGUUUGUUUCCUGAACUGAAAUGGAACUGACCUCGUAGUAAAUAUACAGAACUCUUGUGUUACAUGUCUAGUGUUGGGGCAUAUGAGGACAGUUACCAUAACUGGCUCCUCCUGGUGGAAUGGAGGAGUAUGGCAUGAAGAUGCUCCUUCUGCAGAACUCUCAUUCAAUGGAAUCUGCAUUGUGAGAGGCGUUGCACUUUUAUCUCCAAAUGGAUUGUGUGUGGUGUGUGUGUGUGCACAUGCUUGUGUCUAUCCUGAAGAGAAUAAUUUGCUGUGCUUUAAUAUGUAUUUCUAAUUUUAAAAUCUUAAAUGAAAGCCAUUGUCUCUAACUUCAGUUUUUUUUGUAUGAUCUUUUUAUGUUCUUUUCCUGUGUGCACUUUUCUUUAAAGAUUAAUGUGAAAAGAGAGUUUUAAACCUUGCCUGUGUCACUGUUAUUGCCGUUUUGUUUGUAGAGGUUCAAUAGCACACCAAAUGUGUGUUUAAACUCCUUUUCUUAAUUCUGAACCACUGAAUCCUUUCUGAAGCUGAGGGGUGGAGCUUCUCCUUUGUCUCCAUGCUGCAGUUUCCUAACACAUAUGUCCCUGUUUCAUUAAUGAUUGUAAUGAUUAUUGUCUUUUGUAUGUGCAUUUCUAAACCAGCGGGCUGGUUUCAUAUUGAGGGAGGUGAAAAACCACCUGUCUCUCGCUGUCUCUCCCUCACUCACAGUGCAAACGCAAGAAUGGUUAUGUUGAAUUUUGCAUUAAAAGGCCAUGUGGCAUUUGUUUCUUGAUUUCUAGGUUUUUAAGAGGGUUUGCUUUGUUGUACAGCCUUCUUUUUUCCUUGCAUACUUGACUGUAACUUGUGAUUUUUUUAAAAAACAAAAUAAAUCUCAUUCUUAAUGUGA